UCCCUGGGCGCGGGCCGGGCGUCGGGGGAGCAGUGGCAGCUGCCACGGCCGGCGCCCAUCGCCGCCUGCGCUCAGCCGCAGCAGCCCGACGGGCCCGGGGGCGCCGGGCGGGAAGAGCUGGAGGAGGACGAUGCCUUUACCAGCGUGCAGGUGCCAGCGGUUGCCUUCUUGGGCUCCGGGACGCCCGGGAGUGGGGGCGGCAGCCGGGGCCGCCUCAACUCGUUCACUCAGGGAAUCCUGCCCAUCGCUUUCUCCAGGCAGACCUCGCAGAACUACUGCUCCCUGGAGCAGCCGGGCCAGGGGGGCAGCACUAGCGCCUUUGAGCAGCUGCAGAGGUCCCGACGUCGGCUCAUCUCCCAGAGAUCGUCCUUGGAGACCCUGGAAGAUAUUGAGGAGAACGCCCCCUUGCGGAGAUGUCGAACUCUCUCAGGUUCACCCAGACCAAAGAACUUCAAGAAGAUUCAUUUUAUCAAGAACAUGCGGCAGCACGAUACCAGGAAUGGCAGAAUAGUCCUUGUCAGUGGCAGAAGAUCCUUCUGUAGUAUAUUUUCCGUGCUGCCGUAUCGUGACAGUGCCCAGGCUGGGGAUCUGAAGUUGGAUGGAGGGAGACAAUCAACAGGUGCCGUGAGCUUGAAAGAGAUCAUUGGCCUUGAAGGUGUGGAGCUGGGAGCUGACGGGAAGACUGUUUCUUAUACCCAAUUUCUGUUACCCACAAAUGCCUUUGGAGCCCGGAGAAAUACCAUAGACUCCACUUCCUCCUUCUCCCAGUUCCGUAACCUGAGCCACCGCAGCCUCUCCAUUGGCCGAGCCAGCAGCACCCAGGGGAGCCUUGACACAGGGAGCGACCUGGGAGACUUUCUGGACUAUGACCCAAAUCUCCUGGAUGACCCGCAGUGGCCUUGUGGCAAGCACAAACGCGUUCUGAUCUUUCCUUCGUACAUGACCACAGUAAUCGACUACGUGAAGCCCUCGGAUCUCAAGAAGGACAUGAAUGAGACCUUCAAGGAGAAGUUUCCUCACAUUAAGUUAACACUCAGCAAAAUAAGGAGUCUGAAGCGAGAGAUGCGGAAGCUUGCUCAGGAGGACUGCGGCUUCGAGGAGCCCACCGUGGCCAUGGCCUUUGUCUACUUUGAGAAGCUCGCCCUCAAGGGAAAGCUGAACAAACACAACCGGAAGCUUUGUGCCGGAGCCUGUGUGCUGUUGGCAGCCAAAAUCGGAAGUGACCUCAAAAAGCACGAAGUCAAGCAUUUGAUCGAUAAACUGGAAGAGAAGUUCCGGCUGAAUAGACGAGAACUGAUUGCCUUUGAAUUCCCAGUGUUAGUGGCCUUGGAAUUUGCCCUCCAUCUGCCAGAGCACGAAGUCAUGCCCCAUUACCGCCGCCUGCUCCAGAGCUCCUAGCACAGGCCCCUCGGAGGGCCAGAGACCACUUCCUCUGAGCUCGGCGGAGCGGCACUUACUACUGGAAAUGCGAAAACAGAACUCAUCAGACCCCACUGUUUUCCUCUCAACGUGCUCUUGUGUAGAAGCAGCACCGGAAGCUUUUCAGGGAGUCUUUGGUCUGGCUAGCCGACAUGGGCCGCGAGCUGUUGACUACUCACAGAGAAGAGGAGACCGUGUGGAAGACGGCAGCGGUCCUCCCAGCUCUCCACUUAGCAAGAAUCUCUGGCUGCCUCACCUGGUCUUCCUCCCGGUGAGGAAGGUUCCUCCACACACAGCCUUGCAGGUGUGGCCCAGGGCCUUCUCUCUAGACUCCUUCCAACUCAGAGUAUGAAAUUCUAGAGCAGAGGGGGGAGAGUAUUUGCAGAAGUUGGGGGGAGGCUUUUAAAAGUCACCCUCACUGUGUCAAAAGAGCGUGCCAAUCUAUUUUUGUAUCAGCUGUUGGAAGUGCACUUUCCCGUAGGGAGCAUGGGUGAGCGAGUGUGAGAAUGUAUGUGUCUGAGAGAGAGCCGUCAGCCCUGACCCCCAAAGCCAGUCUCACCCUCCAUAGAGCAGAUCUCAGCCUGGGGUCGUGAGCCAGGCUGACCUUGGGCAGUUACUUCUAGAUAAUCUCUGGAUAAUAAUCAUUCUCUCAGUACCAGAUUGUCUGACAUCCUCUGCCCCUAGAGAAUGACAUUGUUUCUGUUCUGCUCCUACCACCAACGGGACAAAGAAGAUGAGUCGGCGGUGAUGGGUGGGUGGGUGGAGAAGCGUGGGGCAUGGUGCUCUGUGCCCUUCUGCCGUCACACCGUGUGCACAGAUUUCACCUUCGCACUUUUCCCGCCGUGGAGACGGCCAGGGUUGCACUCCGUGGUGUGGAUUCCUGUGCUCUAUGUUAGAGUGCAUAAUGAGCACAUUUAUUGUGCUGUAUAUGUAUAUAUAAAAGGUGUUUUAUAAAAAUCCAGAAUCGGGGUAAGACGCAUGAUGGGCGUUUUGAAGCUUUUGACGGCUGGGACAGACUGCGUCAUGAGCUGAGGUUGAGUCGAUUGACGAGGCAGCCACUCUUGUCAUCGCCACAUACCCAGGGCUGUCAGUGCAGAAUUUUAAUUGUGACUUGUCCUGACUCACUGGGACGACCUGUGCUGGGGCACAUCACCACACCAUCACCCCACAGCCGCAAGAGGGAGGUGCCCACUGGGGUUCGCCUGACUGAAGAAAGCCUGUGGCUGUGUAAAAAGAGAAUUAAAAUAUUUUAUUGUUUCUAUAGACAUGUAUGUGUCUAUAU